GGCGGUCAGCGGUGCCGGCAGGUGGCGGCGGCCGCAGCGGCUAGGGCUGGCGCUGGCUGGAAGCCUGGAGCGGGCGCCUCCCUCGCCGCCGCGCGCCCUCGUCCUGCCCGCGCUGCCCGGCUCCCGCUGUGACUGCGGCCCCAGCUCCAGCGCACCGGCGAUCUGCAGCCUCGGGAUCGCGCGCUGGACGCAGGCUGCGGCAGGUGACCCGGAGCCAUCCGAGGCGCGGUGGCUCUGAGCCUGGCCGCCAUCCAUGAGCCCCGCCGCGGACCCACUCCAGGCCGGCCACCCCGGAUCUAGUUCCGUUGUCUGUGUUUAAUUUUGACCAUGGGGCGGAAGCUGGACCUGUCAGGUCUCACCGACGAUGAGACCGAGCACGUUCUCCAAGUGGUGCAGAGAGACUUCAAUCUUCGCAAAAAGGAGGAGGACCGGCUAAGUGAGAUGAAGCAGAGGCUGGCUGAGGAGAACCGCAAGUGCAGCAUCCUCUCGAAGCACCAGAAGUUCGUGGAGCGCUGCUGCAUGCGCUGCUGCUCGCCCUUCACCUUCCUGGUCAACGCCAGGCGCCGCUGUGGGGAAUGCAAGUUCAGCGUCUGCAAGAGUUGCUGCUCCUACCAGAAGCAUGAGAAGCUGUGGGUCUGCUGUGUCUGCCAGCAAGCCAGGCUUCUGAGGACGCAGUCUCUGGAGUGGUUCUACAACAAUGUGAAGAGCCGCUUCAAGCGCUUCGGCAGCGCCAAGGUCCUGAAGAACCUGUACAGAAAACACCGACUGGAGAGCGGUGCCUGCUUUGACAUCCUAGGAGGAGGAUUGUCUGAACCAAACCUGGAGAAUGAAGGAGGGAGCAUUUCAGGAAGUGACUCCACAUUCUACAGGCAGUCAGAAGGACACAGCAUGAUGGACACCUUGGCUGUGGCCCUACGAGUGGCAGAAGAGGCCAUCGAAGAAGCCAUUUCCAAAGCAGAAUCCCAUGGGGACAGCCUGGACAAGCAGAACGAGGCCAGCUACCUGCGGGACCACAAGCAAGAGCUGGCUGAGGAGCUGGCCAGCACCAUCCUGCAGAGGAUUAUAAGGAAGCAGAAGGAUAAGGCCGAGCUGCGAGCAGAGGAUGAGGAGGAGGAGGAGCCAGAGUGGCCACAGCCCCAGAGUGGCAGUGUGAAGGCCGGGAGUGAGGGGACCACAGCCCCUCCAGGACAGCACAGAGCACGUGCCGCCCUCUGGAGGUCCCAGUCUGCAUUCUCCUUCACGACUGAAGACACUCUGAAGUCCUGUUCAGCAGAGGCUGCACCAAGGCAGCCCAAGGACCGUGCCCGGCGUCUGCUGGAGGAGUCUGCUCUGCCCAGCUGGAGGAGCGUGGACGGACUGGACGGAACAAAUCUGGCCCCACUUUUGCAGAGCCCCGAUGGGAACUGGAUGACCUUGAAGGAUGGUAGUAGACAGCCCCCAACCCGCCUGCUGGCCAAACCGAAGAGUGGGACCUUUCAGGCCCUGGAGGUGGCGUCUGGUGUGACAUCCGCCUAUGAUGAGAUCGGUUCCGAUAGUGAGGAAGAUUUUGAUUACAGCGAAGCCUUGAGUACGCUGUGCCUGCCAUCCCAGGGCAGGCUCAAGCAGCCCCAGCCUCAGCCUGCACAGGCCCAGAGUCCUGGCCAAGGUCCCGCUGCCACCUCUCCCUCAAACCCCGAGGCCAUGUGCUCAGAUUCAGAGACUUCCUCCACCAGCUCAUCUCGGGACGCUGGCUGCCGGGCUAAGCUGUCCUGGCUGCAGAGGAAGGCCCCCAAGAACCCCACAGCGGAGAAGAUGCACCUCCUGGGAGAGCUGGAUGUCAAUUUCAACCCUCAGGCAGCCUGUGGAGAGACUUCCGACAGCAGUGAUCCGGAGGAGACCCUCCGCUCUGCAGAGCGCCGCGCCAGGAGGUGGAGAAGGGCCCGGGCGGGCCCAGAGGAGUCAAACAGGGGUCUGCCGUCACCUGGUGCCCAUCCACGGGCUCUGCACACAGCUCAGGUGUCGGACAACAUGUCAGAGACUGACGUCAGCAAUGAGGCUCAGAACUCCCGGUCCAGCACAGACUCAGUAGAGGAGAAGCUGAGAAAUAGACUGUACGAGUUAGCCAUGAAAAUGAGCGAAAAGGAGACGUCUUCUGGGGAGGAACAGGAGUCCGAGUCCAAGGCCGCGCCUGAGAACCAGAAGGGAAGUCUCUCUUCUGAGGAGAACAGCCAGGGUGUCCAGGAGGAGCUAAAGAAGAAGUGUUCUGCUGUUUCUCUCUGCAACAUCUCCACAGAAGUCCUGAAGGUCAUCAAUGCUACCGAGGAGUUGAUCGCAGAGUCUGCAGGGCCCUGGGAGAUUCCCCCAGUCUCCACUGACAGAGAAAAUGGGAAGUUUCCUCUUGGAACAGACCAAGUGCGACUGGACAAGCAGCUGACUUCCUUGGAAGAAAACGUGUACCUGGCAGCGGGCACUGUGUACGGGCUGGAGGGCCAGCUAAGUGAGCUGGAAGACACUGCCCGCUGCAUCCACAGUAGCACGGGCGAGACAGAGCUGGCCGAUCUGGAGGACCAGGUAGCUGCGGCUGCAGCCCAGGUGCACCACGCAGAGCUCCAGAUCUCUGACAUUGAGAGCCGCAUUUCAGCCCUGACCAUCGCUGGUUUAAACAUAGCACCGUGUGUGCGUCUCACAAGAAGACGGGAUCAGAAGCAAAGGAGUCAGGUACAAACUAUAGACACGUCGAGGCAGCAGAGGAGGAAACUACCUGCCCCUCCUGUGAAAGCUGAAGCAUCUUCUGUGACCCCCAUCAAGACAUUCAACCGAAACUUCCUUCUACAGGGCUCCUCCACAAACAGGCCCAUGGCAAGUGCUGGUGACACCAAGGACUUGAUGGAGCCUGUUCUGGAGUCAGCUGUGAUGUACUAAAGCACGGAACUCCACGCACAGCCAGUGACCCACUGCCUCCGGCCGUACACGACAGUGCCUUGACCCAACAGCCAUCAAGUACUGUGUGGAUUUCCACUGAGAGGGCCUGGAGGGAUGGAGGGCUGCAGUGCACUGCUGCACCGGGCUGUCCUGAUACCUCACCCAGAAGGCCGUCUCGGUGUCUCAGUCUGUGACACUGAGGUCUCGCCCACUCUCUGCCUUAGGCUCCCGGGGGAAUCUGAGACGGAAUAUCCAGACGCUGGCUUCCAAUAGCAGAGCUCUGUGUUCAGAAGAUGCAUUGUGCCUGUUUAAUUUGCUCCCAUGCGUGCUGUCUUUACCAACCCUAUGUGUUUUUAAUCCCCAUCAGGGGUUCAUCCAAUAGAAAACUGCUGGAGAGGAGCUGGGGGCUAGGAAGGUGGGGUUAGUACCAUCGCUCAGUCUUGCUUUGUCACCUCCUAACAGAUGCUAAGAGUGGGGGGGGCACUAGAAAUAGUCUCACCUGGAAAUGCUCAGCCACCUCCAGCUAAGCUCCCAGCCCCCAGCCCCAUUUCUCUUUCCUUCCCAUUGCUUGGCAGUCAGCAGCCAGGAAAGGAAAAUCCACCUACACCAUACCUGGGUCUCUCUGAAACCAUGUCUCAUUCUGAAUUUGGGGUUCUUGCAUGGAUUUACUCAGGGGGAGAGGGACCUAAGGGACAAUGUCACUAUUCAUCUAACAUUAAGGACACUGUUCAGAGUCAAGGUGAUGCGGCUCCGUCAUGAAUACCUUUUCAGGGCAGGGCCUGGAAUAAAUGCAUGAGAAUUUAAAGUGUGUUUAUGCACACAGAUAGGACUGACCCAGGGCUGGACUCGCCGGGUGCCUGAAGCAUGUUUUUAAUGUUGGCUUCUGGGAUUUUCUGAAUCAUAGGGUGUGAUGGAGAAGAGGACAAAGGAGGGAAGUGUGGGAGUGGCCGUCAGGUGCUGGCUCUGGAGAACACAGUGUGCCCAGUUUUGUCUAGUGUCUCUCUCUUGCGGUUUUCCAGAAUCUGUAACUAAAGGUCAGACCAGUGAACUUGCUGAAGCCAUAUGUGUGAGCGGGUUCUAACUGGAAUGUCCCCCACCCCCACCCCCAGAAGCCCAGCCCUGUCUUCACUUCCGAGUUCUCGGGUCUCCUGUGCAUCCCCAGACCUGAUUGAACUGUCCUCGCUGUGUCCUCCCUUCUUGUGUGCCAUUGCUACGAUGGGGGUCCUUGUGUCUUCCCAUGAUGCUCCUGCCGGUGUAUGUGUCACCCCAGAGAAAGGACUCCAUGGAAACAGUAAACCUUUGGUGUUUUAUCCAGUGGGUGUGGUUCACACUAAAACAGAGUUUUAAAAAACACAAGAAAAAGAUCUGACUUCCAAACAGGAUGUUUUUUUCCUUAGGAGGCACGAGGCUGCCUUUGUGCUAACAGUGUUAAAAUACUCAGUUUUCUUUUGACAAAGUGAGUACUGUGUAAGCCUUGCAAAAAAUAAUAAUAAUAACAAUAACAGUGAUGAGGAAAAAAAGCCUGUUCUAUGGCAUUCGAACUUUUAUAAGAGGUUUCCUUGUGCCAAAUAAGUACAAAGAUUUAAUUUACUAUUUAAACCAUAAACAUGCUAUAGUUCCAGAAAUUAUUUUGUCAUCGGUGAUUUUGAUCUUUAGUGUCAAUAUUUAUAUUUAGAUUAAUUUUUAUAAAUGAAAUAUUUUGAUGGUUUAAGAAAAUGAGGACAGGAUAGAUAUGAUCUCUGAUGGCGUCUCAAUGCCUUCGUGUCUCACACACUCGGCCAAGAAUCACUGUCAAGAAAGACAACCACGGCCAAGCAGUAAAGUCACCUAUGGAAACA